AUGCGUACUGCAGCAGCACAAUUCGACGAUAUUCCAGGCCAGCUUCCUGAGGCCAAGGUACCCGAAGAUGCCGACUACGCCAGUAUUGGACAAGCGACCAUCGAAAAGCUGAACAACCUGCAAGACCAUGAUCUUGCACCGUUCGCUAUCUGGCGAGACCUCCUAUCGCUCACUGACACUUUCCGCACGUUCCAAUCUGCUGAGACUGUCUUCAAAAACUUCACGCAUCUUCGUGCCGAGAAGCAUUGCUCAGACUUCCGUCUGCACAACGAGUCUGAACCCCGACGAACUGAUGCACCGGAUCCUCCUACCAGUUGGCUGAAUUAUGAUGUCUCGUUUACGGUCAAUAAUGGAGGACUUAUAGGGGUCUGCGCAGGGACGGUGUCCGUAAUGCUCACUUCCAGUGGCGACUGGAAAAUUUGGAUGCUGUGUACUUGGUUGGAGAACUAUGAGAACCACGGUCACCCGGAUCAAACCGAUGCGAAGAGUGAUAGCGAAAUUUCGAAGAGUGACGACACCCAGGUCUACGAGGCUGCUAUUAUCGGCGGUGGCCAAGGAGGUCUUGGUGUGGCGGGUCGCCUCAAUGCACUAGGAGUCCGCAACAUCAUGUUCGAUGAACGGCCCUCGAUUGGUGAUUCAUGGGCCGACCGUUAUGACUCUUUGCACUGGCACACGAUCAAGGAAUACGGCAACCUGCCACUCGGCCGGACCUUCGACAAGGACGAUCCGGAUCUACUUCCUCGAGAGCGUAUCGCCUCCGCAUAUAAAAACUGGUCCAAAAAGCACAUGCUAAAUGUCCGCGAACACACGCAGAUCGUGGGUGCCAAGUGGGAUGAAUCCAAUCGGAUUUGGUCAGUUGAAGGCAAGACUCCCUCAGGAACGCAAGUAUGGAAGGCCAAAAAUCUCGUCUUGACCAUUGGGCCGGGUCACAAGACUCCCGUAUCGCCAGACUGGGCAACGCCCGAAAAGAUCAAGAGUAGUGGAUUCAAAGGCACAAUCACGCACUCCGUCCACUAUCACAAUACCGAUGGUUUCGCCGGCAAACGAGGAAUCGUCGUCGGCACCGCGAACACCGCACAUGAUGUCGCCGAAGACAUGGCCAAUGCAAAGAUGGACGUGACCAUUGUGCAAAGAAAUCCCACCUUCAUCUUCCCCGGCGAAUGGCUCGUCCAAACCGAAGCCAAAUCCUACCAUCGCGACAAGCCCACCGAAUUAUCCGACAGACAAGACAUCACGCGACCAAACAAGAUCCAGCGAGAGCUCGCCAACCGCAACGUCCACCAUCUCAUCAAGCAAAACCCCGAACUCUUCGACGGUCUCGAGCAAGCCGGAUUCAAAGUCCAUCGCUACGGCGAUCUCUUCACACAUCUCUACGUGCGAUUCGGUGGCCACUACAUCAACACGGGCGGCUCCAACCGUAUCAUCAACGGCGAGAUAAAAGUCCAAACUGCAGCGGUGAAGGGUCUGACUCCCGAAGGAUUGUUGUUUGAAGAUGGAACGACAGUUUCUGCGGAUUUGAUCGUGUUGGCGACGGGCUAUAAUCACGAUUUUCGGGAUGAUGCGUCGCAGAUUUUGGGGACGCAUGUUACGGAUCAGAUGGAUGAUUAUUGGAGUCCUGAUGCCGAAGGGGAGUUGAGAGGUUAUGCGAGAUUUGCGGGUCAUCCAUCGUUAUACUACGGCGGAGGAGAAUGUCGAUCUGCAAGAUUCUUUUCCCGGUUUAUUGCAUUACAGAUUCAGAAGGAGAGUCUAGGAUAUCCUUUACAACCUUAUCUCGAGGGUAGGAAGUAGGAAGUGAAAUAAAGUGAG